UGACUUUAUCAGAUACGACAGAUGUUCAUCUAUAAUAUAGGUUAUAACUUCGUUCGUAAGGAUAAUGGCCGAUACGGAAUACUUAAUAAAUAGAAACAAUUCAGCCUCCAGGGAAUCUGAAGGGUCCUUUGAUAGGAUAUGGAGGCCUAUAAUAGCGGAAAUGGUUGGUGUUACACUGUUCGUGUUUGUUGGAUGUUGUGCGUUGGUCAGUGGGAAUAUUACCAGCGCGGCCUUGGGACAUGGGCUCACUAUUGCCCUACUUAUUAUGGGGUUAGGUGAAAUAAGUGGUGGACAUUUUAAUCCUGCUGUGACAUUGGGAGUCACACUGGCUGGUGGACUACCAGUAUUCCUAGCACCCGGGUACAUUAUUGGUCAAAUUGUGGGUGGAGUUCUUGGAGCUGCGUUGGUCAGGGGUACUCUGCCAUCGGGUGUGUAUUCAAUGAUUAAGGGAGGGGUUCACCACCUUGGAAAGUAUGACGUCCCAGACUCGGUAUCAACAGAAAAUGUAAAACCGGGUUGGGGAUUGCUUAUAGAAAUGGUGUUGACAACAGUGCUCGUUUUCACGGUGCUGAUGUCCGCUGUAAAUCCGAGAACCAAAACGUCACUUGCGCCUCUGGCUAUAGGUUUCGCUGUGGCUGUGGACAUCAUGGCGGGGGGUAUGUUGACUGGUGCCUCUAUGAACCCGGCUAGAGCCAUCGGACCGGCAAUUGUGGCAAGUGCGGUUUUAGACAAUGCGUGGGAAUACCAUUAUAUAUACUGGAUUGGUCCGAUUCUCGGUGCCAUCUUGGCAGCUUUAUUAUACAAGCUUUUAUUCACCUCCGCAAACCAACGCUGGAUAGCCCGAGCAACAACGGUAUCGGGCUUAACUGUCAAUGAUUAAACCAAGUGCAAUUUUAUAUCACGUGAGCAGAUUUCGUUGGGCAUAUUGUAAAAUAACUUCUUCGCAAAAUACUAUAAAUAGGCACUGGGAAAUUAUAUGGCAAUAUUCUUCAUCUGACUACAACUAGAGAUGGUACCUGAAAAAUUCAAACUGCAUCUGCUGUUGCUUUCCGUGUGGAAACUGGAUACCGGAUACCUCAGUUCUAUAGUGAUUUAGCUGCCAUACUUUGCUUUCAUGCUGACAUUGCAAUAUUUAAUCCGAAUAAAAUCGGUCCUAAAUGGAAAAGUGAAGCCAGUGAUAGCUAUAUAACUCUUCUAGGACAAUGUAGUUUUCUGGACCAAUUGUACAUAGAUUGGGAUUUGCUUCCCAAAAUGUAGUUUACUUCAAGAGAUAAAGGUUAUUAUUCAAACAAAAACACUUAACAUUUUCUUUAAUUAAUUCAGUAUAAUAAUAACUAACUAUUUCACUCAAAAAUAAGUUCUGACACCCUGAUAAAGACUUCAAGAUACCCAGCAAACACUCGAUAGUCAGUUGUUGUUCUUUAUUCUAUAUAAAAUUGACCUAUUUCCAAUGACCGCAGCACACAUCAGGACCCAUUUUAAAUGUCUGUAACUUACAUUUUCUGGAAGAAUAUUGUUAGUGCUAACUAAAAAUCAAAAGAAAAGUGGGGGUCAUGUUUGAUGCAAGAAAAACAAUUUCAGUCAAACACACAAACUGCAAAAUCAUCUAAAAAAUGAGACCCCAAAUUAUACUGGUGGUGUAUGAUCUAAGUUUCCAUGAAAAUUUUGGCAUGUUGUUAUUUCAUUAUGAAAAUGCUACCUACAUGUCAAGCAUAGAUCUGUCAUGUGAUUUUAGCAAAAAUAUUGCAAAGAAAAUAAGGAAAAUAGCUCUACAGAGCAAAACAACUGAGGACUAUUUGUAUCCGCCAUUAUGCGACUACCACUUUUUUUCGCGCCAUUUUUCUGUUUAGUGUCUGUAUGCCUUAUGAUAUUAGCUUGACCACAUGUGCCGUGCAGAUAGACUGGUACUGUACGGCCAGCCUAUGACAAAUUACAUUUUUAUAACGGUUACCAUGUUUCACAAUAACAUUUUCAGAUCAAAUGGGGCAUUUUGUUAUAAUAAUUCUACGUUGAAUAUAUGUGAGUUCAGGCUGCCAGUUCAUGACAGGUUUCCUAUUAGCGUCGAAACACAAAAAGAAAUUUUGAGUCCUUAUCAUAAAAAAAGCAAACAGGGUUAGCUAUGAAUUAAAAACGACAUUUUAUUGUAUCAGUGAUUAUUAUGUUAAUAUUUUGCACUCAAAAAUGAAUAUAAGAGUAAUCGUUCCUCUUAUUUAUAACCAUGUACAGUGCAUUUUAGAUGCAUUUGGUACAGAAAUAGUGUUAAUUCAUGGGUAAGGAGCAAUAUGGUAGAUGGUUGCAGUAAAAAAGCACAUCAUAUUAAACACUAAAGAAUUUGUUCCUGGAACAGGCUUUAAUAUGGAACGCCUUCGAUGCUUCGUGUUUCCUCCAUUGUUGGUGUCCUGUAUUGCCACAAUUAUAUUAUGUACAAACGUUUUUAUGUUGUGUACAAACGUUGUUAUAAUCUAUAUACCGUGUGUAAUCGUUGUUAAAUUGUGUACUUACGUCGUUUUACUGUGUACAAAAUUAACACUGUUAUAUUGGGUAUAAAUGUCUUUAUGUACUUACAAACAGCUAUAUGUUGUGUACAAAUGUUGAUAAAAACCUUGUUUUUAUGUACAUCCAUGUUUUUAUUGUGUACAAACAUUGUAUAUUGCGUGCAAACGUCGUUAAGGGGACGCAUAUUGCUACAUUCACAGUUCAUACAGAAAUGCGGAUGGGGUGCAUAUUCAAGAAAUCGAUGGUGGGAAAAUAAAAAACAUAUUCCUAAACUGAUAUAAUACUGAUGGACACCUGUAAUAUUCAGUUUUUUGUGGAUAAGGAUAUGGUACUAUGAAUGUAAUAGGAAAACAGAGGUCUUUGUGAAAGUACAUUCAACACAAAAUAUUAAGCUUUUGUAUAAGGAAAAAACAGGUUUUUUACAAUAACAGUGUUCCAAAUAAUGUUGAAGGGAUGAGAUUUUCUUUCUAACACAUCAGGUUUGCUUAAACAUGUAAAAAUUUAACGCCACGUCAUUUCAGCUCGGGAUGGACGCCAUAUUUCUCAUUGAUAAAAAUGUAAACAAAAAAAAUCAGAGUGGGAUUAGCAUUGCAAGGGCAUAACAUGACAUUCUACACAAUGAAUACCUUAGAACAGAUAUCUAAUAUGCUACACAGGUCAGGCGGGUUAAAUGCAUAAUGGCGAUCACUUGAAAUUCAUCUUGAAAAGGUGGUUAAUUUUAGUUUAUUUACAUGGUUUUUAAUUUUCCCACGACUUCUCGGCGAUUCACUACAAAUGUAUUACUGCGCCGGACGAAAGGUAACUCUAAUAAACAACGAGAGACAACUUAGGUGUCAGCACGUGUACGAUUUUUAAAAAAACAUGUCGAUGAUUAUAAUUUCUUAUCAAAUAAUGAAUCCUAUUCAGAUAUUCGUCUUUAAUAUUAGAAAAUUAUUAAUUUCUGGGGACAUUUGUCAAAAAAUAUUACUUACAUUGGACUACUUUGCGCAUCAAACUGGUUUCCGCUUCAGUUGUGAGGCACUUCCGUUAUACUUUUUGACAACAAUAACAAAACACAAAAUGAAUCAAUAAAGUCACUUAUAAACCGACUGCUACUUAAAUCAGUGUAAGUAAAGUUGUUGUUACAACAUUAUACAAGUUCGUUACGUUAUGAGAUAAAGUUUAUCUUGAACUGCAUAAUCCAUUAAUUACGUUUAGAUGAUAUUGCAUUUACAACUUAUUUGACCCCAUUUUUUUACGUGAAUGACAGCAUUCUCGUGCAACUCGUGCAAACAGAGUUAUGAAAAGUAUGGUGGAGAAUUCAAGGACAAAUUAUAAAUGACAUUAAAGUGAGGUUAACUGUAUAUUCGUCCAGUUUUGAUCAUUGACAUGCCUGCUGUGUAUUAGUAACUUUUGUGAACAAGAUUAGAAUGUUACUUUUGCACAUAUACACAUUGAUUGGACCUCUCAACCAAAUUUCAUACCUUAUUUUAGGGAUUUUUAAGACAAUACAUUUUCAAAAGUUUGUUGAAUGUGUUUGAUAUUUAAGUGCAUUGUAGUUCAUGAAUACCAAGUUAAAAAUUAAUAAUGGCAACAUUUCUAGGCCCUUAUUGUAAGCCACUAGACUUCUGUAACGAUAAAUGUUUAAUGUAUUAAGGGGAAUAUACUCUUUUAGUUUUGGAAUGUGGCAUUCCUUGACCACCGUAUCUUUUCUUAUGCACUACUUUGUAAACAAACUAAAUAAUGUGUUUUAGCUUACAUAUGCGAAAUGAAAAGCAAGACAGUGACCAUAUUUCACAUUCUUUCUUUAAAUUAGAAUCUGUAGGACAUUGAUAAAUGUUUGGACAAGGUGUAGCACUAUUAUUUUCGCACCAAAAAGUCUUAAUUGUUGACUUUGAAUGUACACAAUAAGUCUUAUGUAAUUCAACAAUAACUUUCUUGUUUCAGUUUUCUCAUUUUUAUUUUAGUGAGCAAUCCUUUGUGUACUUAUAACAGUUGAAACAGUAUCCAUUUCAUGUACCAAAACCUUGUACUUUUUUGCAGGUAAAUUUUAUCAUACCCCACCCACUUUUUUCUAAUUUCAAAGUAUGCGUCCCCUUAAGUUAUGAACAACAGCCUUGUAAGUGUGUAUUCUCUUUGUGUUAUCAUAAAUAGAGUGCACAUGAAGAUAUAUCACUUGCAUAUGUCAUAAAAAGUUACAUGUUGCAUUCCAUUUGCAGGGAUAUUGUACAAGUACUCAUUACAUCGAGACAUUUGUUUGUUACAUUAUUUUCCUUGGAAUACUAACUUGUGAAAUGUUUAAUGUUUUAUCUUUGUAGAAUUAUUUACAUACGUCUUAAUUUUGUAAAUGAUGCUAAUGUAUUUAAUGCAAUAUUUAAUAAAUCGUGAGUACACAUA